CUUAUGUGUUUGUAUCUAUCUUCCUCUCCGGCACUGGGGAGUGACCGCAAUAAUAGGCUGUGAAGACACAGCUCCUCCGCCCACUGCUCAGAGUACACAAAGCCAUGCAUUGCCUGAGCUGCCUGUGCUUCUCUGAGAUGUGAGAGCAUUUCUCAGGACUGCAGCAGUACCUGUCCUGGCACCCUAGCCAAGUCCUUAUCACUGUCCCAGCUGAGCUCUGUCUCCUACUGCAAUGCUAGAAUGGGCUGCCUCUCUAGGCACUCUCCUUCUCCUAGUGUUGUGGUCCUAUAAAAAGCACUUCUAUCUUUAUUUUUCAGCAGCUGUACCUGCAAAGACUGUGGGGGAGCCGAAAGAUGACUACAAACUGAUCUGCAAACCUUCUGCGCUGGCCAACUACCUGCUGAGACAGUGCAGAACGUUUUGCGCCUUUUCGAAUGUCACCUGGGUGUGGAGAACUUUCCCCAGUCUGCAGACUGUGGUGGCUGUGCUGGGACCUGUGGAUAAAGGGGUGCACUUUGUCAGGGAGUACCUGCAGCUGACAGAUGAUGGCUUGGUUGCCCUGGAUUGGGCUGUAAAGCCUGGACACCAUCAGAGGAGGAGAAGGACUUCUAGCAACUCGACCGUGCCUAUUCUUCUCGUUAUCCCAAACUCCGUUGGCAAGAUCACUAGGAAUACCAGCAAGAUGUGUCACCUGGCCCUCACCCAUGGAUACCAGGCCGUGGUCUUUAACCGUCGCUGUCAAAAUGGAUGCCCACUUAGCACAGCCAAGUUGCAGCCGUACGGUGAUCCGAAUGACCUUCGUGAAGCCAUUCGAUACAUCCGUCAUUGUCAGCCCUCGUCUAGACUAUUUGCCGCAGCUGAAGGCACAGGUGCUGGACUUCUGCUUUCCUACCUUGGCGAGUGUGGUUCUUCGAGCUACAUCACAGCAGCAGGCUGCAUCUCCCCUCUGUUUCGUCUGCAGGACUGGUUUGAAGCUGGGUACCCAUGGCUCUGGCAGUCGGCACUACUCUUGUAUCAAAAGAUGUAUUUAAGCAGAUAUGCUACAGCUUUAGGACAUCUGAUCAAUACAGAAAAACUGUUGGGGAGCCGGACUUUAAAGGAACUCGAAGAAGCAUUAUUUUGCCAGACCAAGACUUCAAAUAGUAUGUCAUGGGAUUCCUAUUGGGAAAGGAAUGACCCACUCAGAGACAUUGAUGAAGUGGCUAUUCCAGUACUGUGCAUCUGCAGCCAAGAUGACCCCAUACGUGGGGAGCCCUACAGCACAAUACCCUUUGAACUCUUUGAGACAAACCCUCACUUUUUCCUACUGAUGAGCCGCUACGGUGGCCAUUGUGGCUUUAUCAAAGAAGAUGUAUCUAGUACAAUGUGGAGUCACAGUGCUUUGCUUGACUUCUUCAAGUCUACUGUGGACUUCUUUGCCAUGGAAGAAAGGCUUAAAGGUCUCUCAAGAAGAAAAGGAACCAUUUCUGUCUCUAUCAACAGAACAACCCUGGACAGGGCCUCACGUAGAAAGGAACAAAGCUGUCCCCAUAAUAUUCAUGACAUUUAUAAUUGGCAGAGAUCCUACACGAGGUGACAGAAGCUAUAUUGCCUGAUUUUUUUAUUUAUUUUUUUCUUCGGACUGACAGUUUAGUAUGGGAUGGAGAAUAAACUGCCCUCUGGGUAUUUUCCAUUUUUUGUAUUAUUCACCCUAACUUUACUAGAUUAAGCCAUCAGAUUGUAAUAGGAGUGAAGCUGAAUGUAUCGAUAUACUGAACUGCAUGUGUGAUAUUCAAAAGGAGACUGAAUAGAGAUUGUACAGAUUGUACAAUCAGACUGUAAUAUGUAUACAAGCAUAAGGCUACUGAAAGAUUAAAUGGCCAUAUUAAGUUCCACUAUCUACCUAUUGUAUAAAGGGGAAAAACAAAGUGGUGUAACCCCAAAACGUGCUGAAAAUAGAUAUUGUGCUAUUAACAAUAUAUAUAUAUUUUUUUCAUAAACGUGCGUAGACGGAUUAAAGUCUAAAAAAGACAAAGGUUUGUUGAGGAAAGACAAGUUUUGAAAGAAAAAUUAAAUUAAUAUUUCGACUUUUGGCCUGCCCUCCUUUUUAUUGCUUAGUGGUCUGGAGCUGCACCCUUGGUGGUAUGGGUAGCUCAUAGGGGUAGCUAUGGGUGUUAUGGGUAGCUUGUAGGUUAUACCUACACAGGGAGCAAUUUCUGGUGGUAUGGAGCCACUGGUCAAUGCAGGCCAGAUGAAAAAUGUGGCUACAUGGGAGAUGUCUGCAGGAAGAAAAAA